CGCUGACUAGCAUAUUAGAGACUGGGGAUAGCAACAUCAGCAAGCACAGUAUUUUUUCUUUUGAAAAAGUCGGUGCCUUCCGCAAACACGCUUGUGCCUUCGUGGCAGACUUGAAUGCACUGAGAAUUACGCACACGAUUCAUAUUUAAUACCGUAACACUUUCGCCUAAUUAAUCGACGUAAAACUCUUUUUAAUCAUUGAUAAAAAGUCCAGGGCAGCGUUAAAUAGAGCUUUAUAUUCAGUCAAUCUACCGCCAUUGCACUGAUAAUCGGAUAGACGAAAAUAGCAGAGAAAACUGAGUUCACAAUCUUUACAAUAUAGAAUCUUUUAGAAAAUUUGAAUGUAAGUUGUCAGCAAUCAAGAGAAUAGCGAAAGCUGGAUAGCGUCCAACUUGUUUGAAAAGCAAAAAAACUGCAGAUUUCAAGCCAACAGUUAUUAAAGAUUACCUCCAAUUUAAGACGGCUAAGGUUUAAUCCAGGUUAUACCGAACAACAGCAAUUUUGGAGCGUUUGAAAUCUGAUCUUUUGUGUAUGAACUAUGAACUGUUAGAAGAUUGGAUAUAUUGUUUGUCAUUCAGAAUCUUAUACGGUUUUAAACAUCAUUUUUCAGACGUAAACUUUGUGUACAACAAGACUUCGCAACUGGCAAGACAUCGCUACCGUUUGUAACCAAAAUACCCAGAGAAAAAGAUGAAAAAUGGCAGCGGAAAUUUCACGAUUUCAAGUGGACUUUGCGAGAAAGAAACGGAAAGCGAGAUGAUCGCACAUGCGGUGUUUUUAAGCAUCGUGAUGGCGUUCACUUUAUUUGGCAAUUUUCUCGUCAUUGGGACGGUCGCUACAUACCAGAAGCUGAGGACGGUGACGAAUUAUUUUGUCAUUUCACUCGCAGUCAGUGACGUGCUGGUUGGCAUGACGACACUCCCAUUGAAGAUCGACCAAAUGAUUCACAAUAAGAAAUGGUGUCAUGGUAUAGAGCUGUGUACGUCAUGGAUUAUCGCAGAUAUCGUUUGCAAUUGUGCUUCAAUUUGGAACUUAGUCCUCAUCAGCAUCGACCGAGCACUCGCAAUCUCGUACCCAUUCCACUACCGCGAGAUGAUCACGAAGAGGAAAGCGAGUCUGCUCAUCUCUCUGGUUUGGGCCGGCUCCAUCCUAAUGGCUUUCUUGGGAAUGCUCAAUUGGACUUUUCCUGGACAAGAACAUAUAUUCACGGUUUUCUCGUGUCAAAAAGGUGACAGAGUGUAUUAUACAGUCGUCACAGUGUUGGGUUUCUUUCUGCCAUUAAUUAUCAUUCUUGUAUCCUAUGGUUUUGUUUUCAGCAUUGCUUUGUCUCAAGCUAAAAAAACAGUGGCAGUGACUGGAAGACGCAACUCUCUGACAACGGUUCAUUUCCUUCGCGAGUUUAAGGCGGGAAAAACGCUCGCAAUUGUUGUGGGUGCUUUCAUAGUAUGCUGGUUACCUUUCUUCAUAAUCCUCCUUUACACCUUCUGGGCACCACUGAAGUUCUAUAAAUGGAGCCUGAAUAACAAGCUGGCAUUUGAGUUUGUCGACGUCACGUUUAUUUACUUGCUCACGUCAGUAAACUCGGCCCUAAAUCCCUUCAUCUACGCGCUGUUCAAUACAGAAUUCCGAAGAGGUUUCCUGAAAUUUUUCUUCAAGAUUAUCCGAGUGAGGGCACGUCAGCAAAACGGGAGCGAUGCUCUUUCUGCCUCUCACAACUCAAGAAGACGAUCGAGCACUCCAUUCGCAUUUUUAAAAAGAAACUCAUCAGUGUAAUUUGUUUGAAAGGAAUUUCACCAUUUAUUAACAACGAAACGGUGGAGAGUAUAGAUGGAACUUAGCCACAAAGAGGAAACUGUUUUUGACAAUUAAAAGCAUGUA